AAAAAAAAAAAAAGGAAAUCUCAGAGUUUUUCUGCAUUUUAAUUAUUGGUUGAGAAAUGGCAGAGGCAUUGCUUCAAGUAGUUCUUGCAAACCUGAGCACACUGAUCGAAGAUGAGUUUGCACUGAUUACGGGUGUCGGUGAGGAGAUGAAGAAGCUGUCGAGCACACUUUCCACCGUUCAAGCAGUGGUCGAAGAUGCUGAAAUGAAGCAAAUCGAAAGCAAGCCCAUUCAGGAUUGGCUACUCAAGCUCAACGACCUUAUCUAUGAGAUUGAUGACUUAUUGGAUGAGUAUGCAACAGAAACCUCUAAGCUGAAGCAGAAAAACAGCAAAUUCGGCCGCUACACGCCGAACCAGAUUCUUUUCCGGCACAAAAUCGGGACAAGGAUAAACGAAGUUUCAGAAAAAUUGGACGAGGUUGCUGCAGAGCGUGCAAAGUUCCAUUUGCGCGAGAUGGCGUUUCGAGAGAGGCCGAUCGAGGUGGCUGCCGCACGUGAGACCGGUUCCAUUCUGAACGAGUCUCAUCGUCAAGUUUAUGGUAGAGAAGAAGACGCGGAGAAGAUUGUUGACAUCUUGGUCAACCAGGUCAACGACAACGACGAAAUCUCCAUCCUGCCCAUUAUUGGUGUUGGAGGCCUUGGCAAGACUACUUUUGCUCAAUUAGUCUACAACGAUCGGCGGGUCGUUGACCAUUUCGACGUAAGAAUUUGGGUUUGUGUCUCUGAUAAUUUCGAUCUCAAGACCUUGGUGAAAGCCAUGAUCGAAUCUCGGGCUGACUGUGCCCCGGACUUGUCGCGCUUGGACACUUUACAGCGUCGACUCUGGGAGUUGCUGAACAACAAAAGGUACUUGCUUGUAUUGGAUGAUGUGUGGAACGAAGAUCAAGAGAAGUGGUGUGAGUUGAAAAAAGUUGUUGCAUGUGGCUCGAAUGGGAGUUCGAUUAUCGUCACCACACGCCUUAAAAAAGUUGCUGAUAUAAUGAGAACGCUUCCAUCACAUCAGUUGACGGGGUUGUCGAAACAAUACUGUUGGAUGCUGCUCCGAGAACGCGCAUUCGGACAGGAGAACGAGCGAUUUCCCAAUCUGGAAGCCAUUGGGAAGCAGAUUGCGAACAAGUGUGCUGGUGUUCCUUUGGCUGCAAAGACGCUUGGAGGUCUGUUGCGUUUUAAGAGGGAAGAGAAGGAUUGGAAUCAUGUCAAAGAGAGUGAAAUAUGGGAACUACCACAAGAAGAAUAUUCGAUACUGCCAGCCUUGAGAUUGAGUUACCACCAUCUUCCUUUGGCAUUGAGACAAUGUCUCGUAUUAAGAAACAAGAAUUGAUUUAUAUGUGGAUGGCGCAUGGAUAUAUGUCAUCAAGGGGAGCACUGGAAGCGGAGGAUGUUGGCAAUGAUAUAUGUGAUGAGCUAGUU